CCCACUUCCUCCCCCUUGACAUCUCCACACACACUUUGCCCCUCCUGCCGCCACUCCUCCCUCUCAAAGAGCUCGAGGAGCCGGGCUAAAGUUGGAGAAGCUGCAGACUGACACAGGAGCUGACAAGAAGGUUGCCAGGCAGAUUUGGACUCUGUGUGUAUAAGCCAUGGAAGUGGAGCAUUUAAGCGGCGAAGGGGUCAAACCCGAGCGGGGCCACAAUCGUCGCUACAGGACAGCGUUUAUAAUAUGUGCAUUGCUCUGUGGGGCUCUGAUUCUCGCGCUCAUACUGGUUUCCCAAAGAAGCAAGCAUCAGGAGUUCUGUUUGACUCCAGAAUGCAUUGAAGCAGCGGGAUCUAUUCUAAGUAAAAUGGAUCAGACGGUCGAUCCCUGCGAAGAUUUCUACACCUUCUCUUGUGGCGGCUGGCUGAAGGACAACCCCAUCCCUGAGGACUCGUCGGCGUACGGGAUCUACCCAUGGCUGAGGCAGCAUGUUGACAUGCGGCUCAAAGAGUUACUUGAAGCACCGACUGACGCAAAUGAGCUGGAGGCCGUGACCAAGGCCAAGGUCCUCUACCGGUCGUGCAUGAACGAGUCGUUACUAGAAGACAUGGACGCCAAGCCCAUGCUGAGGACACUCAAGAAGCCCGAGUUUCGCUGGCCUGUGGUGGGGGACGGCCUCGGUGGUGACUUCCAGUGGUCCGAAAAGGAGUGGAACCUGCUGAGGACUCUGGCGAAGAUGAGGAACCAGCACAGCAAGAGUGUCCUGAUCCGCCUCUACGUGUCCCCCGAUGACAAGAACUCCUCCAAAUACGUCAUCAAGCUGGAUCAGGCUUCCUUGUCUUUGCCCUCCAGGGAGGACUACACCACCAACUCCUCCGCUGCCCAGACGUAUCGGGCAGCUUUACUAAGUCUCAUGGUGGACACGGCCGUCAUGUUGGGAGCUCCAGAGGAAGCGGCGAGGGUCCAGAUGGAAAAAGCAUUGGACUUUGAAACCAAACUGGCUCAUAUUGUGAUUCCCUAUGAGAACCGCACUAGUGAGAACAUGUACAACAGGUACACACUGUCCAGGCUGCAGCGGCACAUACCACAGUUGGACUGGUUAGGCUUCGUCAAGUCUGUGGUGGAGUCCGACAACGACCCGACUCGCUCCAUCUUCUCCUCAGAGCCCGUCAUUGUACGAGUGCCGCAGUACUUCAGGGACCUUGUCAUGCUCAUUAACGCCACAGACGCCAGGACUGUCGCUAACUACGUGCAGUGGAGAACUGUUUUUUCCAGGAUCACUACCCUCAGCCGCCGGUUCCUCUACAGAUACCUGGACUUUGCCAGGGUAACCACAGGAACCACGUCUCUGACCCCACGCUGGGACAAGUGCGUCAACUAUGUGGAGAACACGCUCAUCUACGCCACUGGCCGCCUCUUUGUCGACACCCACUUCCAGGAGGACAAGAAACACAUGAUGGACGAGCUGAUCGAUGGCAUUCGCUGGGCGUUCAUCGACAUGCUGGAGAAGGAGAACGAGUGGAUGGACGAGGCGACCAAGACAAGGGCCGUGGAAAAGGCUCAUGCAGUCCUGGCCAAAGUUGGCUACCCUGAGUUCAUUCUGAACGACACCCACCUCAACGACGACUUAAGCCAGAUAGACUUCAACGAGACGGACUACUAUGGCAACGUGAUGCAGACGCUAAAGUUCAUCGCCCUGUCCGACGUGGCCUGGCUGCGUAAGAGAGUCCCACGGACAGAGUGGUUCACAAACCCUACGACAGUCAACGCCUUCUACAGCUCAUCCACCAACCAGAUUAGAUUCCCUGCUGGUGAGCUUCAGAAACCUUUCUUUUGGGGUAAAGAGUAUCCAAGGUCGCUGAGUUACGGCGCCAUCGGGGUGAUCGUCGGACACGAGUUGACGCACGGCUUUGACAACAACGGUCGUAAAUACGACAAGGAUGGCAAUUUGGACCAAUGGUGGAGCAACUCGUCCGUAACGGCCUUCACCGACAAGACUCAGUGUAUGGUGGAGCAGUACAACGACUAUUAUUGGGAGGAGGCGAAAUUGAACGUGCGGGGCAAGAGGACGCUAGCGGAGAACAUCGCAGACAACGGAGGAAUAAGACAAGCUUUCAGGGCGUACCGACGGUGGGUGGACGAGAGCCGAGGUGGCACCGAGGAGCCUCUUCUGCCGGGAGUAGGACUCAACAACAACCAGCUGUUUUUCCUCGGCUACGCCCAUGUCAGGUGUAACUCGUAUAGACCGGAGGCGGCCAGGGACCAGAUACAGAGUGGAGCCCACAGUCCACCCAAGUACAGAGUGGUGGGAGCCAUGAGCAACUUCCAGGAGUUCAGCAAGACUUUCAGCUGCCCCGAGUCAUCGGUGAUGAAUAGAGGCACGCAGUCCUGCCGGGUGUGGUGACCCUCGUCCUCAGUCCCAACCGAGCUGUCCGAGUCGUCAGCUGACCGAGAGGCGCCCCAAGUGGAAGUGGAGGGAGCAGCGGCAGUUUGUCCGAGGGCAUGUUUGGGUUUGUACAAGCGGAACGUUCUAGAGGUGGAACUUAUUGCUGGGAACUUUGCUCACCUUGCAUCACGGGAAGAAGCGUUGGAUGAUGGACAGUCUGAUUGGAAUAAACUAUUUUCUCAGUGACACCACGAUAUAAUAAUGAUAACUAAUCUAUUUUUAAACAUUUUUGUAUACAUUGGGCCAAUCAGUGUUUAUGACCUACUCAGUGGCCUAGUGGUUAGAGUGUCCGCCCUGAGAUCGGUAGGUUGUGGGUUCAUACCCCAGCCGAAUCAUACCAAAGACUAUAAAAAAAUCGGACUCAUUACCUCCCUGCUUGGCACUCAGCAUCAAGGGUUGGAAAUGGGGGUUAAAUCACCAUAAAUGAUUCCCGGGCGUGGCACCGCUGCUGCCCACUGCUCCCCUCACUUCCCAGGGGGCGAUCAAGGGGAUGGGUCAAAUGCAGAGGACAAAUUUCACCACACCUAGUGUGUGUGACAAUCAUUGGUACUUUAACUUAACUUUAACUUAACUCAAAAAGCCAAAAUAGAUCCACCAUCCUUAUAAUAACACAAUAAAACAUUGGGAUUUUUCUCAGUCAGCACAGAGAUGCCAUUAUCGUAAUGUAAAAGUGCUAAUUAAAUACAAUAAAAUGUAUUAUUCUGCUAUGUCAUUAUUAUAAGUAUAAUGUUACUAAAGUACACAUUUAUUGUCCCAUUAUUUUAGAGUGGGUGGUAAAAGUAUCACCAUUUUAAAUUAAUGUGAUUACUUUUGAAAUAAAUCAAAUACAGUCAAAUAUUUCAAAUAAAAUGUAUUUAAACAAAUUAAAAUAUUUUAAUGCCAUUUAACAAAGCACAUCAAGAUAAUAUUUGGAAAAAAAUACAAAUACGUUAACAUUAAUUAAAAAUAUCAAAAUAUGAACAAUGUUACUAAAGUGCAAAGGUCUUGUCUCAUCAUUAUUGGGUUGGUGUUAAAAUGUUAUUAAAAUAAAAUAUUUUAAUUUACAUUAUUAAUUGUUUAUUAUUAUAUAGUAACAAUACAUACGAUUAAUGUCACUCAAUAAAAUUCAUAAUGCCAAUACACUAAUUGUUUUUCCUGAUAUUUACAGUGAAUGAAGUUAUUUUACCAAAAGCAGCUAUUAUAAUGUAAUUUAAACAACAUUACUUAUAAUUAUAUUUGAUAACAAAAAAUACAAAUAAUGUCAAAUAAAUUCUAAACAAUAAAUGUAUAUUGUAAAUUACAAAUAUAUAAACAGCAAUAAAAUAAUAUUGAAAUAUGUUUCAACGUCAUAAAACUUCACAUUGGGUGUGGUUGUAUACACUACUUAUUAUUACAAAAAUUAUUCUGAAACUACAGCUCACAUGUAGUUAGUUGUUGCCAUAGCAACUGUUUCAGCAGCCCUAAAGCUGAUGUUCAGUAAGUGUAUGAACUCAAAACACAAAUCACAGACAUUUUAUGAAUGAUUUGAUCCACAGUCUUAUUAAAGUCUGAAUGAAACCAUGGA